CGAACGAUAUUCAGGGGGAUCUUCGCGUCUCGCGACAGAGCAGACGCAAGGUAGCCUGCAGUUCACUGCAGCCGUUUCGUCUACAGGUGAUGCGUCACAUCGCGGUCAGCGAGGUCCAUCAGCCGGCAUGACACCUCUGAAUGCCAAGGCAACCGAUGAUGCGCCGAAUCACGAUGCCAUUGCGAGAGGGGCACCGUUCGCAUCACUGGCAUCUCGAGGCCGCCUGCAUCAACCUGCCAAUCUGAAAAGCAGCAGUGUUGCGGAAAUAGCUGAGCGGUAUGAGAACAACUCUUCCGUUGGCCGUCUCCGUCUGGACGUCUUCUAAGGAUUCCGAGUCGUUUCUAGAAUCGCGAGACAGACAACUGUUGAGGCAUUCAGAACAAGGACUGCAACUCACUGAUCUGUUAGGAGGGAUCCGUGCGAAUCGUGCCGAAGUGAAUACAGCCAAUGGUCCGUCUGGCCAGUCCGCUCACCUUCGAGGCGCCCAGGGAGACCGCGCGCCUGAUCCUUCUGCCAAACCACAAACGGACACCGCAAACAAUUCCUCGAGGACGGUUUCAGCAGACAGACCCGAGAAGCCCGAAGUCACACGUCAAGGACGAGCUCGACAGCAGUCGACGAAUUCUCGCGAUUCUGAUGCGGUUAGGCGAUCUAGAUUGAAUACGUUGCCUGAUUACAGGCGCCUAGGACGGACCCGCGACCCCGGGGAAACUGAAACCCCCGCGACCGCCUCUGUGGCAGAGAACGCAUCACCGCCACAGGAGGCAUCACCGGGACCAUCGACGGGCGGCAUGCACAACGAUGAUUUGGACGAAGGCCCUGUCGUUCAGGCCGAGGAGCCGCGUCCGGUCCGCACAGGUAUUCCGCUCAAGGCCGACGAGCCGAAAGAGCAUCAUUCGCCGCGCAGCAGACGUCUGUCAGAAAAGGCUCGAGCGAUCAAAGCCAGGGACCCAGAUAGUGACAGUAGCUCAGAGCCAGACGCAGAAGACGACGAAACGUACCGUCCCGCUCAAGCGAUCGUGCGGAAGAGAGAGCGAGUCGUGCGCAGUGGGACGCCGACCGAAGGUGAUUCGGCAGACGAACUGGCCUUGGGUGCUGGAGAACCUGUGAAUCCACGCAAACAGACAAAAGUGCGCGAAGAGAAUAAAGCGAGGCCUGCGAAGAGAAGAAAACUCGAUACAAAGGCAGUGGCAGGGCAAACGAAACCACACACCGAGACGAAAUACAGCCGAGUUUUCGCAAGAUGGUCUUCUGAUCGUGCCUAUUACCCAGGUUCCGUUAAAGGCGUAUCCGGGAAGCGGUUGACGAUCUUUUUCGACGACGAGACAACCGAUGAGGUCGAAUGGCAUCAAAUACGUAAAUGCGAAAUCAAAGCAGGUGACACUGUGGUCGACCUGAGUUCUCGUCCAUUCAAAGAUGUGACCGUGAACGCCUCUGCUCCUGGACCACUGAAGACUGGAGACAAGAUUACGGUACAGCGCAGCAAUACCGUAUACGAAUUGCUUCUAAGUCAAAUACGUAUAAGAGAGAAAUGGAUCGGCCAGAUGGAUGACCGGAAGGUCCAGGUGAACGACAUAAUUGUAGAUUCAGUCUGGACUGACCCACGGACGCGCUUACCAGCUCAGACGCCGGAACAACAGCAUUCCCGAGCAACGACACCGAUUGCCAAGAGCACAAAGCAGGGAAGCGUAGCGUCGUCUCCUGCACGAUCCAACAAGACGCAUACGGGUAUAUUCGAUGGUCUCGGAUUCUUGAUCACCAGUCCCAGUCAGAACGAAGAGAUUAGAAAGAGAAAGGUUGCCAAACGCAUCACCGCUAACGGCGGAAUGUGCGCGAACGAGAUAUGGGAUUUCUACGAGAAGCAGCCGAUGGACAAUCUUGCGGAAGGUUACGCAGCGAUCAGGUUGAAGGAUAGUACUAUUGUCGCCAAAUUGAAAGGCGUCUUCCUUGUGGUCAUUGGCCAGCCCACCUUGACUCCGAAAUACCUCAUGGCACUGGCGCUUGGGGUACCUUGCCUCUCCGCGAAUUACAUAGAUGAAGCCAUCACUUCGGGUACUGCCUGGAACUGCUUUUUGUUGUCUUCGGGCCCAUCGCUGUAUCUCGAAACCGAGUGUUCUCAGUUCGUUGAUCCUCUGUGGGGAACGGACCCCGCCAUUUUACGUCAAACCCUUGACAAUCGUACCGUCGCACGGCGGCCAUUCUGGGGCAAGGAAAUCAUGAUCAUCAAGGACAACAAGAUGAAUGAUAUCAUCCCGUAUUGCGUCGCGGCCAUGGGUGCCGAGGCCGUGAUCGUGUCGGCAACAUACGACCAUGGUGUCACAGACAUCAGUGACGUCGAUGCAAUCGUGUUCACGGAUAACGCGGUUCCCGACGUGCUUUUCAAUGCCCGCAAGACCGCUACGGUCGAAUGGGUGAAGCAGUGUCUGAUCAUGGGUAUGUUUCAGCCGCCAAAAAUUUACAGUAAAAGGGACAAGUAGCGGGAAGAUCAGAGACCCAGAUGAAUAUGACAGACGACGAUAAUGUCACACGAGACGAAUCAGUACAUCUUGACAAAAGUUCCAUUAUGUUUGAAAAUGAGCACGUGCAUGCGCGU